GCCGCCAAAUUUAUUGAUAUUUACGGAUUGUGUGUUAUAUCGGAACACACUGCUUAUUCUCAACGGCGGAGAGAGAAAGUAAGAAGCAGCAGAAACUAGGAAGAAGAAGAGAGAGAGAUGGAGAACGGAAGCUAUAACGAAAUACCCGAAAACGCCAAUGAACAUUGCCCAGGUCCUGAAUCGGAUUCUGCUGGCAAAUCCGAUGCCUGCGAAGGUUGCCCUAAUCAGGAAAUUUGUGCUACUGCUCCGAAGGGUCCCGACCCAGACUUGGUUACAAUUGCAGAACGAAUGGCUACUGUGAAGCAUAAGAUACUGGUUUUGUCCGGGAAGGGUGGAGUUGGUAAGAGCACUUUCUCUGCUCAACUCUCAUUUGCACUAGCCGCAAUGGAUUUUCAGGUGGGUCUCCUUGAUAUUGAUAUAUGUGGCCCAAGCAUCCCCAAGAUGCUUGGUCUAGAAGGCCAGGAGAUUCACCAGAGCAACCUUGGUUGGUCACCUGUCUAUGUGGAGUCCAACCUUGGGGUCAUGUCUAUUGGGUUCAUGAUCCCCGACCCAGAUGAGGCGGUCAUAUGGAGGGGUCCACGCAAGAAUGGGAUCAUCAAGCAUUUUUUAAAGGAAGUUAAUUGGGGAGAGCUUGAUUUUCUAGUGGUGGAUGCUCCACCUGGGACCUCAGACGAGCAUAUCUCAAUUGUCCAAUUCCUCCAAGCAACUGGAAUAGAUGGUGCUAUCAUAGUCACCACCCCACAACAGGUCUCUUUGAUCGAUGUGCGUAAAGAAGUGAGUUUCUGCAAGAAGGUGGGAUUACAAGUCCUUGGUGUUGUGGAGAACAUGAGUGGCUUGUGCCAACCGGUAUCAGAUUUCAAAUUCAUGAGGGUGUUGGAGACAGGUGAACAAAAAGAUGUCACAGAGUGGGUUAAUGAGUAUCUGAAAGACAAAGCACCAGAGAUGCUAAAUUUGGUUGCUUGCACAGAAAUAUUUGAUAGUAGUGGUGGUGGUGCAACGAAGAUGUGUAGUGAUAUGGGCGUCCCUUUUCUUGGAAAAGUGCCACUUGACCCCCAGCUAUGCAAAGCUGCCGAAGAAGGUAGAUCCUGUUUCACUGAUAAUAAAUGCGGGGUGAGCGCCGCUGCACUGAAGAAGAUCGUAGAAAAAGUGGUGACUAAUCAAGGGAUGUCGAGAAUGGAAGAUGGUGCUUAGAGUUUGGUAUUGAGAUUAACUGUUCUGAAUGAAGGUUUUGUUUUCUGCAAUUUUUUUUUUUUUAAUGGACUUCAAUACUUAUCUUCUUUACAGUGAAUCAGGAGUUACAUGGUGUAAACGUUUAGCUAAUGAUUGUGUAUAAAUGUUAUAUGACUUAUGAUGAUUUGUUCCUUUGGAA